CAGAGAGUUCACACUGGAGACAAUCUACACAGCUGUGAUCAAUGUGGGGCAGCUUUCACACUACAGAGUAACCUAAAAAUCCAUCAACGCAUUCACACUGGAGAAAAGCCUUACAUCUGUGAUCAAUGUGGGGCAGCUUUCACACUACAGGGUAACCUAAAUGUCCAUCAACGCAUUCAUACUGGAGAAAAGCCGUACAGCUGUGAUCAAUGUGGGGCAGCUUUCACACGACAGAGUACCCUAAAAAGACAUCAGCGCAUUCACACUGAAGAAAAGCCUUACCACUGUGAUCAAUGUGGUAAAACCUUUUCUCAGAGUGGUCACCUUCAAUCUCACCAGCGUGUUCACACUGGAGAGAAGCCGUACUGGUGUGAUCUGUGUGGUAAAACCUUUUCUAGGAGUGGUAGCCUAGAAAUUCACAGACGUGUUCACACAGGAGAGAAGCCGUACAGCUGUGAACAAUGCGGGGCAGCAUUCACACAUUUAAAUAACUUACAAUCCCACCGACGUGUUCACACUGGAGAGAAGCCUUACAGCUGUGAACAAUGCGGGGAAAUGUUUUCUCAGAGUAGUGGCCGUAAAAAACACCAGCGCGUUCACACUGACGUGUUGUGAACAUGUUUCAGAG